UUCAAGUUUAGUUACAAAAUAUAAAUUUUCGUGUACUAGAUAUAUAGUCAAGUAAAUACAACAAACAUUUUUUUGGAAGCAAGUUUCGAAAGUUAUUAGUAACCAGGGUUGACGUAAAAUGUAUUGCCUAAGUUGCCCAGUAAGCGCUCAUAAAUUCUAUCGUAAGCGUUCUAUCUACAAUUGUACAAAAAGUCGAAGCCAUUCCAGCUACUUUAGGCUAAAUAACACCAGCGGCAGUUUCUACAGCCGGCAGUGCAUUGGUAUUCCCUUAAGGGUUGAUAAUAAAUUGCACAGUAGCAUUAAUCAUCAAAAAGAAGUUGAGGCUGGCUCCAUAGGUGGACCAGUUGGCGUUGUCUUUUCCAGCACCGUUUGUGCAAAUAGUCCUAAUCAGGACUCCAUUAUUUUUGCAACCUAUUUAAAGGCGUUUGCCUUAAUUUAUGUUCUUCCAGAGGUUGAUUGGACAGCUGAAAACAUUGACAAGUUGAUACAGGAUGGCGCAGCUCUAUUUAAAUCAAGCAGCAAAGACUUACAAUGCGACGGUCCAAAAAUCCAAUCCCCAAUCUACUCGGGCGCGGAGCUGCAGAUUAAGCGAACUUUUAAUAUUGAAGGACAUACAUUCACUUUGGAGCUCGAGCCACGAUACUUGGGCGAUCCAUGCAAGGCAGCAGAGAAACAGCCAGCGCACAUAAUACGCAAUCUAAAGAGCGUUCUACAUGCCUUCUUUCGGAAUGGCCACUACUGCCUUUUGUGGACCUGUACGGGUUAUUUGCUGAUUUGGCGAAGGCGAAGGGUGUUUUUUGUAUUAGAUGUAAAAGGCCGACGGCGUGAAGACUUAUGCAGUACCAAUAAUUAUGGCGUGGCUAUGCUAGUGUGUCUAAAGUCUAUUAACGAUGUUUUCCAUUUGAUAAGCAACAUGAGCGGUGUGGGUUCUACCGAUCCUUUUACCCUUCGGGAACUUGUAGUGGUACGUCUGGUUACUCCAGAUGGCCGUGUUUUUAUACGGGAUAUAACCACACGCUCUGUUGAAUUCGAAAUUGUUAACAAAAAUUAUGCAUAUUUAAAGUCUAAUCUUCAUCUGUCGUUAAGCCAAGAAGAACCUCUUCAAAACCGGAGUAGUCUCAUGGUCUGCGUUGCAGCUAUACUGGCUGCCAAAAUCGAUCAUCCGGCCACUUGGAACACUAACAUGUUAGAUCGCCUGAUUUGUUAUGGGAUAGAACUGUGUCGCAACUACUGGAAGUUGUGUGCAAAUGAUGGUUCAUCUAUCAAUUUGGACAUGUUUCCUACACAGCUGCGUCUGGGCCAAUUCGUCAUUGAACUGUCUCUACUUCCCAAAGUGUAUUCAGGUCAGUGGCGCUGCACGGCUCACUUUAGAGAUAAUGAUUUUGAGGAACUGGUAUUUAAGACUUUACGGCAGUAUAAUAACGCACUUUUCCAGAUAAAUAAUCAAAUGUACGCAUUGUGGUGCAAGAAUGAUUUCUACUAUCUUCUGGACCCCUAUCGCCAUCAAAUUGUUGGCUCUCGAAAUGCUAUGGAUAGCAAGCCUGGUUUAAGGUGGGCAACAGUACGAAUGUUUCGUGAUCAGAUUACUAUGCUCAGCGUGUUUCAUCAGCAACUCUUAGAGUCCAACAGUCAUUCUAUAUUCUAUCUGCACGCAGUACUUAUUAAGAAUCUUGCUGAGUGCCCUCGAGGAUAUGCAUUAGCACCAACACCAGACGGUCUUGCGUACGAAGUAAAGUCCAUCAAUGAGACCAUUUACUUUCCCGAACACAAUUAUGACUGUUCGAAACUAUUGACCCACAUAAGUGACAAUGAGAAGGAUGUCUGUAGUUGUUGCUUUGAUUCCGAUAUUAGGUUGCAAUUUGAAGAGGGUGAAUGCCAGUUCCCGGUUGAUGAAGGUAAAGGACAUAAUUCAAAACACUUGAUGAUGACGAGAUUUGAGGACGCCCAGCCUUGCAUCAGUUUGGAAAGUUACCAAUCCAAGAAGAAACUAGUGUUGCCUAAUUAUACGAUGAAGUCGCCUACUACUGUGCUGAACAGAACCCCAAAAAUAGAAUUUCUAACAGUUCCUAGAAAAUCUAAUAAAACGAAGGCUGUUGAAAUCAGGGACAAUAUAAUGAAACCGGUGCGUUCAAAAUUACCGGAAAAAAAAAGCAAGUAUUCUGAUUCACGAUUCGCAGUUACCAAAACCAUCUACCAAAAUGAAAAACAGCGGUAUGCAUCAAUUAACUACCCUAGCUAUACGGAGAUUCCCAACAGCUUGGCUGUUGCAGGUUCUGAGAGUGGUACAGUGGAGAGUCUAAGGCGACUUUUGAACUCCUCCUUCAAGGUUACUGAUCGAGUGCUCAUAAUGACACCUUGGGGAAAUUAUGUAGUCUUUCAAAAAUCAGAAGGCAUGAGAGACGCGCACCCAUACUAUAUCUUUGAUGGUUGCACAUGCAAUAUUGAUCGCUUUCGGCAUUUGGAUCUACGUAGUGGAACUUUAGGUCUACUGCCAUUCUGUAAUCAGCACGAUGUGGUUUGCCACAUUAUAGACUCGCGUGAGACCCGUGCAAUGAAAAUCCUGCGUUUUAGUUUGGAACACUUUUGCACACGCUUUAAGAAAUUUCUUAGUCCAAAACCAUAGAAAACAGCCCAAGUCAUUUAUAACCCUUUAAGCCAUUUUCGAAAUAAAUAAGUUAUAAAUUCA